AACCCGCCCUCGCAUGGGUCCCGGCUCAAGAGGAACUCGAUGCCGAAGCACUACGGCCCGCCGCUGACCGAGGACGAGGUUGCUGCCCAAAACAAGAAGAGCUAUCCCGGGCUGAUGGCGCCCCAGGGAUCGUGGACACACUGGUUCUGGCACAGCCGGCUGCUGCAUACGUUCAUCACCAUGGGCGCGCUGCUGGCCAUGGGCGUGUACACCUUCUUCAUGAACUACGCCUACAACUCCCCCUUCAAGGAUCUCGUGCCCCCAAUCUCAGACCUGUGGCAACAACCCACCUACUUCUUCUCCCAGUGGAAGAACGUCAUCCUCAUGCACGAAAAGGACAAGGCUCGCAAGGCUGCCGAGCACCGGAACCGCCACAUCGACGACGUUGCCAAGCGGAGGUACUUUAUGAAGAUGCACGGCAUCGAGCCCAUGGACCCCGUGGCCGUGGUUUUUGGCAAGAACGAGGAAAAGUCUGCGGAGGAACUCGAGGCUGCUGCCAUGGGACAUGAAGUGCCGCCAAAGCCCGAGACUGAAGCCCCAGCGGAGCAGAAGAAGAAGUGGCUGGGCUUUUUUUGAUUGAUCAUCCAUCAAGAUCAUUCUAUGUGCAUUGACUGAAUGGGCAGGAAAGCCAGAUAUAUAUGCUUGUCCUCCCCGUUGCUAUUGUAACUUUUAAGAUUUUUUUGUGCCCCAUCACAUUAGGCAUUAGGUAUUCUCUCUCUCACAGUAGUGAGACCUCAAAAUAGUGAGACCACAAUAUGAUGUACCAUUAUAUGAACAAAUAUCCCAACCCAAGCAAGAUCCGUAAAACAUUCCUUCUAUGACAAGUCUACUCCUUCCAAACCAUCCAAAACCUCGUCUGCAACGCCUCCCUUUUCCAAGACUGCCUGUAUGAUGCUAUCUAGGACGGCAAACCUGGUUCCGCCUAGCGGUGCCUUCCAAACUCCCUCCUGAGGGUAUUCUUCCAUUUUUUGCUGUUGCUGCUGCUUCUGUGACGUCGGAUCAAACGUCCCGCUGGCCGCCAAAUUGCCCGUACUAGGCACCCCGGGCGGUGUCAGCCUCGAUGGAGGAUCGACAGUCCGCAUCGACACCAGCCUCAGCUCGCGCCCAGAGUCCACCUCCAUGCUCUCAUCCGCCUUUUGCGUCCGGACCUCACACAGCGACACCGCCAGUGCGGAAUCCGCAACGGCAAGCUCCUCUUUGGACGGGUCGAACAGGAUGCUGUCUCCCACUGCAACGACCAGCAGCGUAAUGGGCGGCCUUGAGCCCGCGGCUGCGCCUUGGCGGGGGUACAGGAACGGCGAGGCUUCCCAGUCGUCGUCGAACAUGGGGUCUUCGUCGCCUUCUGACUUGAGGCGCGGUAGUCUUGUUGAGAGGAGGGCGAGAUGUGUUGUGAGGGAGAGGAGGGGCAGGGGGUAUGACAGCGGCGGUGAUAUCAGAAUGAUAUCAAGAUACAGUCUCCAGUGAAACCGUCUAUUGAUCCACAGCUUCUUCGCAAACUCCCCAUCCGCAAGAAGCGCCUCCCUCAGCAGCUCCGCCAAAAACACCGUCCCGGCAUCAUCAUCUCUCAGUCCCGGAAUCUCCACCGUCAUCUCCAGCCACUCGCCCCUUGCCUGUCGCCUAUC